GAGUCGGUUCGUUAUAUUUUCUCAAUUUAGUUGUAUCAACUUGGGGUUCAGGAAUUAUAUCCUGUCCUAAAUCCGACUAGAAGGUCGACAACGAGACCACUUGUCGGUCGGUUGUGUAGCAGUCUCUAAUAUUGAGCCGGGUUUCUGGUGUUAUUCCUUUGUAAAUACUGUUAUUUGUAUAUACUGUAAAUGAUGACGUCCAUGGGCGGGAACCGAGCCCGGGGCAGCUGGGAGCAGACACAGGGCCAGACACAGAGCCAGACACAGCACAAGCAAAGGCCUCAGGCUACCGCAGAGCAGAUCCGACUCGCGCAGAUGAUUUCAGACCACAAUGAUGCGGACUUUGAAGAGAAGGUCAAACAGCUGAUUGACAUCACAGGCAAGGACCAGGAUGAGUCUAUGAUUGCACUGCACGAUUGCAACGGGGAUGUCAACAGAGCCAUUAACGUGUUGCUGGAGGGUAGCCCAGACACUGACUCUUGGGAAAUGGUGGGGAAGAAGAAAGGGGUGUCAGGCCAGAAGGAGACUAACCAAGCAGAGACUGGAGAGGAAGGAAAAGAGAACCGGGAGAAAGGAGGAGAGAAAGAUGUAGCACGUCGUCGGGGUGGAGCUCCACGCAAGGGCCGCGGAGCCAGCAGGGGACGAGAGUUUCGUGGUCAGGAGAAUGGUUUGGAUGGCGGCAAGGCUGGAGUAGCUGGAAGAGGUGCAGAGCGAGGCCGAAGGGGACGAGGCAGAGGAAGAGGGACUGUUGGAGUAUCUGGACGGCGAGGAGGCAGAUUUUCAGCGCAGGGCAUGGGCCAGAUUGAUAAGGGGCCCAGAUAUGAUAUUGCAGGAGGUGAGAGAACAUUCAACCCUGCUGACUAUGCGGAGCCAGCCCAGACAGAAGAAAACUAUGGAGGGGGCAGCACCUGGAACAACACAGGAAACAUGGAACUGGAGGAGGGAGCUAGGUUGGAAUACUCUGCAGGAGAGGGAACAAAUUACCCACCUAAGUUUGACUCUGCUCCUGGUGCCUGGAGGACAGCUACAGAGGAGUGGGGCACUGAGGACUGGAAUGAGGAUCUUUCAGAGACCAAGAUAUUCACAGCUUCCAGUGUGGCAUCCAUGCCUCUGCCUCAAGAGAAUGUUACCAUCACCAAAGGACAGAGGAUUGACCUUGCGGUGCUCCUUGGGAAGACUCCCCCAUCCUCUUCCUCAGAGACAGAAAACCCCCCCAUGGAGGCCACCCAGCCUCCCUCCUUGUCCCAGUCACUGGUUUUCAGCAAUUCCAAGCAAGGGGUGCCACUCUCCCAAACAUCCUCCAGCACCCCUUACACCCAGCAUAGCAUGGUCAGCAUGCUGAGCAAGGGUUUCGGGGAUGUUGGGGACCCUAAAGGAGGUAGCACAGGGACCACUGGCUCUCAGUUCUUGGAGCAGUAUAAAACAGCCCAGGCACUGGCCCAGCUGGCAGCCCAGCACUCCCAGACGGGACCUCCCAACACAACCCCUUCAUCCUGGGACACCAGUGCCACCUCACUGGGACAAUAUGACUUGAAGACUCAACCGGAGUCUGCGGUCCAUACGCCCUUUACAAAGCGGCAGCCCUACCAGGCCGCCACCUCAACCUCGUCCAUGUUGGAUGUUUUCCUGCAGGACAAAGGCCUGCCUCCUUCCUCCUCUGUCUCCUCAUCUUCUUCCUUACCCCAACAAACAACAUCCUCACCCCAUGUGGUGCCUCCACCUGCUUCCUCCCUUCCCAAAAUGGCAGCAGUCCCUUCUCUAGGUCAGCAAGUUUCUCCAAGUUCUUCAGAUGCCCAGGGCUCAAGUCCACUGCCUUUGCAGCAACACAAACUCAAACAACAAAAGAAGAGGACCUCCAUUACAACUAAGAUUCCAGCAAUGGCAGUGGAGAUGCCUGGUUCAACAGAUAUCUCAGGCCUCAAUCUUCAGUUUGGAGCGCUACAGUUUGGGUCAGAACCAGUUCUACCAGAGUACGAGUCCACCCCUACCACCACCACACCAGCCAACCAGGUUCAGAACAGCCUCUACACGAGCCCCAGCAGUGAGUCGACUCCAGCUCUCUCCAACUCCAGCCAGAUGGACCUGUACGAUCAGAGAGCACCUCAGACACGGCGCUACCCUCCUUCAGUCUCCUCCUCCCCUCAGAAGGAUAUGCAACCCAAGAAACCUGUGAGCUCACCUUCAUUGUUGGUUUUACAGAAUGGCUUCAGUUCAAUACAAGCAACGCAAUCUGUGGAAGCUGCAGCAGGCUCUGCAGUAUCAGUCAAGCCAGCCUCUGAUUCAGUCACGCCGGCAUCGGUUUCCAGCAUGGGCACUUUGACAGACAGCGGCUCAGGUCCUGCCUCCUUGUUGACUACAUCCAAUCAGACAUCCCUUAGUGCUCUUGGGCACAGUGAAGACCUGCCUCCAAGCACCAUUCCCCCUCCUCAGCACAACAACUCUCACCCACCACAACAGAACAGCCUUGCUCCAUCUUCAGUCCGGACAUCCAACUCAAGCUUACUGCAUCCCAGCGUAGAUGGUGAUUCAAGCCUGCACUCCUCCUCCUUCCCUUCCUCCGUCUCAGCCGUGCCAUCUUCAUCGGUCCCCUCCUCCUCGUCCUCGGUUGCUGCUGCUGCACAAGUGUCCCUAGGGGCCCCCCAGGCCUCCUCGGUCGGCUCUGCCACAGUUUCAGCCCCUUCUGGCCUUGGCCCCGUCAGCAGUCUGACCAUGGGCCUCAACACUGCCUCCAUGGGUGCCCCAGCUGCAGCAGCCACCACAGUUUCAGUCUCCACGACGGCUUCAGCCAUUCCCUCUUCAGCUACUUCGUCAUCCACACGCAGUUCUGCAGCAUCCUCAGGGAAAGCGCCUCCAAAUCUGCCACCUGGAGUGCCCCCUCUACUGCCCAACCCGUACAUCAUGGCACCAGGACUACUGCACGCCUACCCUCCUCAGGUGUACGGCUAUGAUGACCUACAGAUGCUGCAGACAAGAAUACCGCUGGAUUAUUACAGCAUCCCCUUUGCAACUCCCACAACAGCACUGACUGGCAGAGAGGGCAGCCUGACGAGCAACCCUUAUUCUGGAGACUUAUCAAAGUUUGGUCGAGGUGAUGCAUCAUCCCCGGCUCCAGCCACAACAUUAGCUCAAACACAACAGAACCAGACCCAGACACACCACACCACACAGCAGACCUUCCUUAACCCAGCGCUGCCGCCUGGCUACAGCUACACAAGCCUCCCAUACUACACUGGCAUGCCAGGCCUGCCCAAUACCUUCCAGUACGGACCUGCUGUGUUUCCGGUGGCUCCUACCUCGUCAAAGCAACACGGUGUGAAUGUCGGCGUGAAUGCAUCAGCCACACCUUUCCAGCAGGCUAGUGGCUAUGGUUCCCAUGGAUACAGCACUGGCUAUGAGGAUGUGGGCCAGGCUUCAGGGAGUGGGGAUUUCUGUAAGGGCGGAUACGGCACUGCCGUGGCCGCUGCCGCUUCUGCACAAAACAAGCCAGCCAGCUCUGUCACCGGGCCUGGAGUCGGAGUCUCUGUGACAUCAAGCAACACGGGGGUACCAGAUAUUUCAGGGUCUGUUUACACAAAGACGCAGUCGUUUGAGAAGCAGGGUUUCCACGCUGGCACGCCGGCAGCUUCGUUCAGCCUGCCCUCGGCUUUAGGGAGUGGGGGACCCAUCAACCCCCCGGCUGCCGCUGGCUACGCCCCAGCCCCAUUCAUGCACAUCCUGGCACCGCACCAACAACCCCAUUCUCAAAUUCUGCACCACCACCUGCAGCAGGACGGACAGAGCGGCACUGGGCAGCGUAGCCAGAACGCCUCCAUUCAGCAGAAGUCUCAGAUCAACAAGUCGGCAUACAACAGCUACAACUGGGGGGCUAACUAACAUCCGCUGUUGGGCCCCCCCACCCCCAACUGUUGACAGAAGCUAGGAGGGGGCUCAUCACUCCUUCCGCAAACAGUCUCCACAUAUAAACUCCCUCUUCCUCCUGCAAAGAUUUCCCUCCCCAGUCUCUUGGCCCAGCACUCCUGCAGCUCUGACUGCGGUCAGAGGAGGUGCUGUGCCUAGAGAACGAGCACUGUAAUGAUGCAUGGAUGGGUGGGAGGGACAGGAGGGGCUUAGAAAAGAGGGGAGAUCGGAGCUAAAUGGUUAUAGAAAUACACCGUCAAGAGGUGAAAUAUUGAGUGUUGGGAAUUUGUAUCAUGUUAAUCCCCCCGCCCCACCCCUUUUUCUUUCACUUGUAUGUAACAUAGAACUGUUUUCUAAAAGAAUGAACAUUUCCUGUGCUUUUUUUUUUUUUGGUCUUUUUCCCCCGUUUUUUUUCUUGCUGAUGGGGAGGAAUGAUGUAAUAUCUGAAGGUGGGGGGACAGGCUGGUUUUGUAUUUCUCACCCUCAACUCCCCACUCCUUAAUUUUGGUGGAAACUUCCCUCCCACAUAAAAUAUCCAAACACAGUAGUUUGAUUAAUUGCUGUUAAAUGUUUUUUUUUUUCUUUUUUUUUUUUUUCUUCAUUUUUAUGUCAUUUUAAGUUUGAAGAAACAAUUCUCUAAAUUGGUAGAGUUGUGAAGUUUAUUUUUUACCAAAUAUAGAUAUAUUAUAUAUAAAGACAUAUAAGCGAGCUCACUGGCUUGGACUGUGAGGAAAGUGUGUUUGUCAUGUGACUGCGUGCAUGUUUGUACACACAGGGGCCGUGGUUGUGUACUGUGCUUUGUUUUUUGCCUAGCACAGGGUUUUUCAUUAUCCAACACCUGUACAAUAACUGUUCCCAUGAAUUAUAAAUAUGUUGCAUAAAGAUCGCACCUAUUCUGCAAGAGAUGUUUAGAAUGAUUUCCAAGGCCAAUACACACCCAGUCUGCCUUCCAGUGUGUGUUAUUUUGUUUGUUUCUGAGGCCCCCCCACCUCCUCCCUGCUCCACCGCCUGUCCCCUGACAUUGUAAGGAAAACUGCAGCAUUGAAUACUGAUGGACAGAAUUGUACUAUGGGUUUUUUUUUUGUUUUUUUGUUUUUUUUUUUUGUCAGUGAUUUAUUUUUUUCUUUUUGUACUGUGCGUUUUAAAAAAAAAUUUAAAUGGAUAAACUUGUCUUGUACAUAUAUAAAAAAAAACACAAGUACUGUAGUCCCUGUUUGUUCGAUGGCUUUCUCCUUUUCUUUCUCAAAUCCUUGCAGACUUGUUAGCUUUUUGUUUCAUAUAUUUUUUUUAUUUUGUAAAAAUAUAUAAAUAUUAAGUAAAUAAACGAGAAAAAGACAUUUUCAUCAUUUUGGAUGUGAAUGUCUUUUAAGAAACUAUAUUUGUUUCUCAUGUGGCUUGUAAAUACAGCAGCAGCAUCUUCCAGUGGUUUGACAGUGAUGCUCAGUGUUUGUGUGUGUUGCUGAACGCUGCCCAAGGCUGGUGAAUUGACAAACACUGUAAAAAGAAGCUUGUGCCAUCAAGUGUUUAACACAACUGAAACCAUCUGACUCAGAGGCUUUGGGGUUGGUUUCUGUUAUAGGCCUGAGUUAUCUAACAGACUCCAGGGGAUCAGCAGUACCAAAUUAAACUCCAAACACAGCACA